AGCUCCUUCCGGUUUACUGCAGGCUCAUUUCUACCGAGAGCUUCACGUGGAUCCCAGCAACAUGAGACCUUUAACAGACGAUGAGACCAAGACUAUGUUCGAAAAGUUGUCUAAAUACAUUGGAGAAAACAUCAAGCUUCUAGUGGACCGACCUGAUGGGACUUAUUGUUUCAGAUUACACAAUGAUCGAGUCUAUUAUGUAAGUGAGAAAAUGUUGAAGCUGGCAACCAAUAUCGCCCGGGACAAGCUGGUAUCUCUUGGAACCUGCUUUGGGAAAUUUACAAAGACUCAGAAGUUUCGUCUUCAUGUGACAGCACUGGACUUCCUGGCCCCCUAUGCAAAGUACAAGGUGUGGGUGAAGCCAGGUGCCGAGCAGUCAUUCCUGUAUGGAAACCAUGUGCUGAAGUCUGGUCUGGGACGCAUCACUGAGAACACUGCUCAAUAUCAAGGGGUGGUUGUCUACUCCAUGGCUGAUAUUCCCUUGGGCUUUGGGGUGGCUGCCAAGUCAACACAGGAGUGCCGGAAGCUAGACCCAAUGGCCAUUGUGGUUUUCCACCAGGCCGAUGUUGGUGAAUACAUCAGGCAUGAGGAGUCACUGACAUAAACGGCAUAAUAUUUACCGGACUAUAAUUGCUUUUCUUGAAUUAUGGUUUGCACGUAGACCCGUCAACACAUUUACAACAGCUUAAACCCAGGAGACGUCCUACACGCAGAGAAAAACUUUGUAGCUGCGGACUUUAAGACUGACAAAAUGCUAUCCUGUCCAUGAGUGGGCAGAGGUUUCGGUGCCAACUUUGGUUUUGUUAUAGAGACUUUAUGGGGGAUUUGUGCGCAAUAAAACAUCUGGAAAAUAGAAAAAUGUCAUUCUGAUAAAAGUGAUACAAGUUUAUAA